AUGUAUCGGGGUCCUAACUCCCUCAAGUUGACCAAAAUUAUUGGCACAGGUAUCAUAAUGGGACUCGGAAAAGCACAGGCAAUGCCUAUAACAGCACAAUUUAUUAGCCUUGCCAAGCAAAAAGAAAAUAAUUCAGUCAUUUACAGAGUGCUCGACUAUUUGAUCUCAUUAGACACCCAGAAACUGGGUAAGAUCUUUGGAUGGGUCUCUGCCUUUUUAUAUAUAUCCUCACGAGUUCCUCAAAUUUUCAAGAACAUCCAGGUUCAAUCUACGGGAGGUGUCUCGCUGAAGUUGAUUAUUUGUGCCUUAGUUGGAAAUCUUCUGUAUGCAGUGUCGCUACUUACAAGUGAGGAUGCCAUUAAAGGAGGUCAUACCACGAUUCAAUUCUGGGAGGAUGAGCUUUGCUACCUUGUCGGCUCAAUUGGCACCGUUUUUUUUGAUGCAUUUGUCAUACUGCAGUGGAUAUACUAUGAUAUUGUGGGCUUCUGCGAAGAAGAGCCUAUGCAUCAAGAUCUGUCUCUUUUGACCCACUGCCCUCGUUCUCCUCUACUAAUGGAAUCUCCAAGUAAACCAAUCAAAUUCUCUCCGAGUGUUUUAUCUCCAAAGCAUAUCCGCAAGUUGAGCGAAUUUACUCCUCUCACGCCAAUUGACUUUUUAUUGGAUGAUUACGGUUGUUCCGCUGAAAAUGAUAGCAGAUCAGUCGCGAGUUCUCUGUCUCCUUCUGCCGAUGUUGCUGCUCGGCUUUCGGACACCAUUACUAAGGUACUAUCACCAGUACAGGAUUGCUACGAUCACAAUCACCCCAAUUUCCCUAAUAAACAAGUUAUAGAUAACUUAGACACAGAUGACCAAAACUCCACUUUUGACAAGUCAUGA